GUGAAGACGGACAACAUGAAAGCACUUUGUAUCCAGGGACAAAUAUAAAUGAUAUAAUGGGCUUUUCUGACUCGUCUUAAAAAAAGCGUGUUUAUUUUUUUUAACUGAUAAAUAAAACCUAGCCUAAUUCCACCGGCGUCUCAGUCUGAUCUGCUGUAAGCGGAAGCAGCAUUAGCUUGUUUUGUUAACGGUUUGCUGUGUGAUUUACGGUUUACAGGUGAGUUAUGGGCGGGGCUCUGGUGCUGGGGGUGGGGACAGGUGUCUUCCUCAUCGCCCUCAUGUGGAUAGGGACUCUGGUCCUUAGUCUCGUCAUGUCCCGUGCUGCUGGUGCAACCAAGCUUGGGAUCGUUCCCUUGGUGCUGUUGGCUCUAACCAUCACCUUGAUCCUUGUGUUCUUCCCUCGAGCCUCUGAAUUACCAUCUCCUGUUAAAGAAACACAGAUAGUGGACACCUUCUUCAUCGGCCGUUACGUGCUCCUGGCGGUAGCAAGCGUGAUCUUCCUGGCGUCUCUAUUCCUUCUCUUACCCUUCCACCUUCUGGAGCCGGUGUACGCCAAGCCUCUGAGAGACCACUAGACCAGGGCCUGGCACAUACUAGUUCCCUCAGCAUCAGUGAGGCUGACUUUACAUGAGAGGCUCAUACAGAGAGGCCUGCUGGCCAAAUCUGAUGUCUGGACCAUUUUCUGAGGACUAUUAUAUAGAUAGAGCUGCUAUACACUACAUUUGAUUGAGAGUACAUCCAGUUUAAAGCCAUCAUUAGAUGUAUUGAGUAUUGACUAUGUUGUGUUCAGGUGCUGUGAUUGUAUAAAUUGUAAAGGCUUUGGACUACUGAUUGGGAAUUUGUUCAAAUCCCAACACCACAUGUUGUGUCCUUGAGCAAGAUGCUUAAUUCUCAGCUGCUCUGUUGUGUGCUGUCUCAGUUGUAUGUCUCUUCAGAUGAAAAUUGUCAGCCAAAUGAGCAACUAAAAAUUCUCACUUUUGUACUUGCUGGAUGUAUUGUUUAAUUAAACUCUCUUUUAUAUUUAUUUAUUUA